GGCGGGGCCGCGGGGCCGCAGCCGGAGCCGGGCCGGAGCCGCCGCCGCCCCCAGCAUGGUGAUGGCCGAGCCCCGGCGGCCGCCCCCUGCGCUGCUGCCGCUGCCCCGCGGGGCCGGGGCCGGGGCUGGGGCCGUCCGAGUGGGCUUCUACGACAUCGAGGGCACGCUGGGCAAGGGCAACUUUGCCGUGGUCAAGCUGGCGAGGCACCGCAUCACGCGCAGCGAGGUGGCAAUAAAAAUCAUUGACAAAUCUCAGCUGGAUGCUGUGAAUCUGGAGAAGAUCUACCGAGAGGUGCAGAUAAUGAAGAUGCUCGAUCACCCACACAUUAUAAAGCUCUACCAGGUGAUGGAGACCAAAAGCAUGCUGUACCUUGUGACAGAAUUUGCCAAAAACGGAGAAAUUUUUGAUUACCUCGCCAGCCAUGGCCGUCUGAGUGAGUCUGAGGCCAGGCGCAAAUUCUGGCAGAUCCUCUCGGCAGUGGAGUAUUGCCAUGGCCGAAAGAUUGUGCACCGUGACCUGAAGGCUGAAAAUCUUCUGCUCGACAACAACAUGAACAUCAAAAUAGCAGAUUUUGGAUUUGGAAAUUUCUAUAAGAGCGGCGAGCCUCUGACAACAUGGUGUGGAAGCCCACCAUAUGCAGCCCCAGAAGUCUUUGAAGGACAGCAAUACGAGGGACCCCAGCUGGAUAUCUGGAGCAUGGGUGUAGUUCUUUAUGUUUUGGUCUGUGGAGCGCUACCUUUUGAUGGGCCAACACUCCCCAUCCUGAGGCAACGAGUUCUGGAAGGAAGGUUCAGGAUACCUUACUUCAUGUCAGAAGAGUGCGAGCAUCUCAUCAGGCGAAUGUUGGUCCUAGACCCAUCCAAACGGCUAACGAUUGCUCAGAUUAAGGAGCACAAGUGGAUGCUUGUGGAGGUUCCUGCCCAGAGACCCGUUCUCUACCCACCAGGCCAGGAGAACGAGCCCUCCAUCGGGGAGUACAACGAGCAGGUUCUGCGGCUCAUGCACAGCCUGGGGAUAGACCAGCAGAAAACCAUCGAGUCUCUGCAGAACAAGAGCUACAACCACUUUGCUGCUAUCUAUUACUUGUUAGUGGAGAGACUCAAAUCCCAUCGAAGUAGCUUCCCUGUGGAGCAGAGACUUGAUGCUCGCCAGCGCCGCCCAAGCACCAUUGCUGAGCAGACAGUAGCCAAGGCACAAACCGUGGUGCCACCAGUGAGCCUGCGUUCACAAAACACGAGGUUGCUGCGGUCUCCAGGACUUCCCCCAGCUUCGGGAGCAGAAACCUUUUCGUUCCCUCCCUCCAACUGCCAGCCAGAGACAGCGUUUAUGGAAGAAGAAAGAGUUGAGACACCAAAGGUAAAUGGCUGCCUGCUAGAUCCCGUACCUCCCGUGGUGAUGAGGAAGGGCUGCCAGUCGCUGCCCACCAGCAUGAUGGAAACGUCUAUCGACGAAGGGAUAGAGACAGAAGGCGAGUCAGAGGAUGACCCUGCACAGGCAUUUGCAGCCCUCCAAGCAGCUCGCUGUGGGAAGAGACGUCACACUCUGGCAGAAGUUACCAACCAGCUGGUGAUGGUGCCAGGCACAGGGAAGGUCUACUCCUUGGAUGAGAACUCAUCUCUGGGCAGCAUUGAUUCGGAGUACGACAUGGGCUCCAUUCAGAGAGACGUCAGCUUCCUGGAGGACACCCCCUCCUUGAAGGAAAUGGUGCUCACCACCCAGCCGGCGCCCAGGAUGACGCCGCCGUUCAUCGGCCUGAGACCUGCCAACCCGGCCAUGCAGGCCCUCACCUCCCAAAAGCGAGAGACCCACAACCGCUCUCCCGUCAGCUUCCGAGAGGGGCGCAGGGCUUCCGACACGUCCCUCACCCAAGGAAUUGUAGCAUUCAGACAGCACCUCCAGAAUCUGGCACGAACCAAAGGAAUCCUGGAACUGAACAAAGUCCAGCUGCUCUACGAACAGAUGGGAUCGGAAGAAGAACCUUCCCUGACAUCAACCACCACCCAGCUGCAGGACAUCGUCAACAGUCCUCCGCAGGAGGAAACAUCUCAGCAGCAGGAGGCUGCAUCUGCUUUCCCUAGUGGUGCACAUCCCCCAUUAUUAUCCAGACGGCAGAGCUUAGAAACCCAGUUCUUACAGCACAGGCUCCAGAAACCCGCUCUGCUAUCAAAAGCUCAGAACACCUGCCAGCUGUACUGCAAAGAAUUGCCCCGGAGUCUGGAACAGCAGCUACAGGAGCACAGGUUACAUCAGAAGCGGCUCUUUCUGCAGAAGCAGUCCCAGCUGCAGGCCUAUUUCAACCAGAUGCAGAUAGCCGAGAGCUCCUACCCCAGGGCAAGCCAAAUGCCCCUGUCAUGCCAGGAGGAGCAGCAGCCGCCGCCGCCACCCCAGCAGCAGCAACCGGCCCCGUUCAGCUUGCAGCAGCCCCUGAGCCCCGUGCUGGAGCCUUCCUCGGAAGGAAUGCAAUACGACUCCUUCCUCAGCCACUACCAGAAGGUGCAGCUGGAGCCGCUGCCGCCCUCCCAGAUCACCAGCUCGUCGCGGUUGUCGGCACCCAUCCAGGUGCAGCAGCCGCCCCAGCCCUUACAAUAUUCCUACCAGACUUGUGAGCUGCCCGUUGUCACCUCUUCCGAGCCAGACUUCCCCGAGCAGUGCCAGUAUUCCCUGGAGCCAGCACAGCAGAGCAGCGCAGCGCUGCCCGACAGCCCGAGCAGCUCCGCGUCUCACGAGCCCCAGACAAACUACGACCCGUUAACCCUCUCGGAAUUGCCCGGACUUUUUGACUGCGAAAUGAUGGAGACUGUAGACCCCCAGCACAGCGGCUACGUCCUGGUGAAUUAAUACCCCGGGGUGUCUAACAUCAGAGUGGAAGACGGGGCAAAGGGAGAAGCAUGUGAAUUUUUGUUUUUGUUCCAACCCAAAAGUUUUCAACCCUUGAAGCAACAGGGGAAUUAGAAGUCCCCCUGACUGGAAAAAAAAAAAAAAAGCAGGAGAUGGCUAGAAGGGUUUGGCCACUAGCUCCUCUUGCUAGUGGUUGGGGCUAGAGAACAGGCAGUGCAGUUUGGUCCCAUAAAGAACCAGUUUGCAUAGAAGGAGAGAGGAAAAGUGAGUUUUAAAGGAAGGAAACGGUCCCUUCCAAAAGGCAAAAACUAAAAAGGAUAGUCUGGCAGCAUUCAUCUAGCAUUCACUAGGAGAAAGGAGAACGAAUGCACAUUGCAUUCGACUUUUUGGCAAUAAAAGCAAUAGUUUUCUUUGAAAUUCAGACUAGAUUUGGGUCUGAGCUGAUGGCAACUGUCAUACCCUUGAAACAGUAGCGUGAGGUGGAUUUCAAGGGAAGCUGCACGUCGGCAUCCAAUUGCUGGUUAAGCUCCUGAGCUGCGACUCCUCCACGCUAAGUUGGAGACCAGCAGGCACGGCAGGAGCCUGCGCUUCCUCCUGCUAGCCAGUGAGCAGUUAUUUCCCAAGCCUGACGAGGAAAUUUUAAUUGUUCACUAAGGGAAGCUUCUGGAUCUUCGCUAAGUGACGUACUGACUUUGUCAAAAGAUACCUGGAACUGACACAGGGCACCACGGUGAUUUGUAGAGACCUCGGGGUGGGGCUCAGGAAACAAAGAUAAGGGAUUAGCUAACAGAGAGGGGGGGGAGAGAGAAGUACCAUGAGAAAAUCGAGAGCUGUAGCCAGUGACAUCAACAAAAUCCACCGGGGUGGUGUUUGCAAUCAACCCUUUCUGCAGACAGGCCUUCGCGGAGGGCUUGGUCUGGGAGAAGUUCUGAUCACUGGAGAGGAUCCAUCUGUCCUUCUGCAGCAUUUGAAAACAAGCAAACAAACUGUGUUUUGAGUUUGCAGUAUGUGUUGCUGGUGGUUUAUUGAGCUUUGUAUAUUUGGACAAUUAUUUAGGGUUUUAGAACUUAAGGAUAAAAACAAUGAGCUUAACAAAACCCCUGUGAAGUGAUAGUGCUGUGCCUUUUUCGGUUCUUUAUCAGACUAUAUGCUUUUUUCUGAAGAAAGUAGACAAUACCCCAUUUAUAUCCUUGCUACAGCCAAAGUCCCUUCAGAGCACACGUUCCACCGUGUGGAACAUGAUGUUUAACUUCGUUAGUGUUUUGAUUGUUUGUGUAUAUAUAACAUGGGAAGUAUUACAGCAAUAUCUAGCAUCACGACCUGUUGAUGUAUCGACCAUUUCAACAAAUACAAAACUCAACAAGCACUUGUGUCCCCAGAACUUUCCGUCAUGAAACGUCAGCCAGAGGAGGAUUGUUGAGGAAGCUGCAGAACGUUCACAUCUCUGUAAGGACGGUUUUGUCUCAGGUCUUGAAAUCUUGUGGGAUAUUGUCUGUCAGCCUGUAAGAUGAGGCUCCCAGCUAGACAGUUCAGCCCCUUUUCUGAGCAAACUUAAAGCACAAUUGCAGACUCAUUAAAGCACAAAGAAUGGUGGAGAAACCGUGCUGGUAGCUGAUAUGGAAAACACCACUAUUAGCCGGAAAACUUCUCCGGGAUUAAGUUUGGGGCGUUAAGGUCCUGGACACUACAAAUAAAGAAGGUGUCAGUCACCAAACACAAAGUUUGGGUGUUCAGGGCAUGUAGUCACUUAAAAGGGACAGACAAACAGUGUUCUAGAUGCCAUAGCAAAGCCCUGGCUGGAGCAGGUAGCAGAAAACAAAGUACUUCUGAUCCCUUGGGUCUUCUGUGCGUGUGUCAAAUCAGAGAUCUUACCUAGCUGAAGGAGUUCUCAAAGCUGCUCUCUUUUCCUUCACCAGAAAGGUGAAAAAUCAGCCAGCAUUUACAGCAAUAAGACCCCAGUUAAACGGAGGACAGGAGGAGUAUCGCAGGCUCUGGUCCAGUUGUGCGGCUGGAUUCAGUCCCGGAGUGCUCAGCUCCACCUUGGCUAGCAGAGUGAUUCUCAAGGCAUCAGCAAAGGGAAGUUUUAAGAGCAGGGAUCCCAUCCACACACUGAUGGCUUAUUAGAUGCACGAUAAAGAGGCCUGGAAAGCUCUAGUUUAAAUAGCUGAGAUAGACAAAUUUCCUUUUGAAGGGAAUUCCCACAAUAACCCCCUUUUCUGACAGUGUCAGAAGCUGUGGAACAGACAGCCCACGGCCCCCCAGGGGACUAGCAAAGGGCCGGGGACCAGCUGAAGCACAGCACAGCAUCACAGACCCGCAUUUCACUACUGCACAUGAGAAAAGGAGGCAACCCCAAAUCCUGUCCUUUCACUCCUUGGCAGUCUCACAGAACAACCAAACUUACCCUGUCUGUGAUGCUAAGCUCAGACGAGUGCUUGAGGAACUACACAGCCAAAACACGACCGGGACACAGCUGCAGCGACGGGCCCAGCUCUGCCCCAGGAGCUGGGUUACUGCCCUGACCACCUCCCUCCCCAUCCAGCCCCGCCAUCGUGUACAUUUCAGGACGCAGAGAGAAAUAAUUCUGAAUUAACUGCUUCAUUUGUCACAACGUGCCAACUCGUCUCAGCUCCUCUGAGCUUGGCAGCGCUGGUAAGGGGGAAGCGACAGUUUCUGAAUGUAGUUUAGACUGUUCCCCUCAACCAACAGCCCAUUGGACAUCACGCGUAAUUUCCUUUAAGCCAGUUAGAAUAAAAGGCUUCUACUGCCCUCUGCUAGAGCAGAGGAUCCACUGGGCACCUCUUCGUAUUCACGCUACUUGGAAGCGGCUCUUUUGUUCCAGUCCCUUACGUCUAACAUUAGAGGACCGCGUACACUACUGUUAGAGGAUGGGUAGCUUUAUUAUCUCCUGUUACAGGCUCCUUUGAAGAGACUUUGGUGUGAUGUAUUUGGGGUAAACAAUUUCAUAUGGAGAAAAGUGCAAUAUAUGUGUGUGUGUGGUACGUUCUUUAAUGUAUUUUUUUAAGGAGUUAGAGGGUUUAGUCUCUGCUUUGGGAUAAAUGCACUAGUAUUGUGAGCUCCAGUUUGGCAAGUUCAUCCGUAGUAUUUACAUGCAACUGAUAUGCUGGACUCUGUAAAGCAAUUACAGUGUAUUAAUACAAAAUAAAGAAUAUGUACAUUUCAUUUUUAAA